AUGUGCUCAAAAUUGGCAUACACAUUAGCUGCAUUCUGCCUAGUAUACUUCAUGGUUGAAGUACAGAGUUCAUUUAUAAAACCCAAUAAUGUUCCCAGAGUAGGUAGAAGCAGUGAAUCUGAAGGGCCAUUUGAUCAAAACAUGAUGGGUUACGUUAUAAAAACUAUUCCUAGUAAGAAUAUUCCUCGAAUGGGCCGAAGAAAUUAUAACUCGGGUAAUCGCUUUGAUAUUCCUAAGUUAUACCAAGCGGACAACUCCGAAUUUUAUAAUGAUGAAGACCUUUCAAAAUUAACCCAAGAACAAGAAGAUUACUAUGGCAAUCAC